CAACAAGGUACUUUUUAUUUGUUCAAAUCCGGUUCCAUUGUAAAUGAUUCAUGAUAUCAUUGAUAUGUUCGUGAUAAUAUUUUAUACUUCCAAAUAAAACGAGAUAUUAUAGAGAUGAAAUGAAAUACUCCGUAAUUCAUAAAAGAGACAACCAAAUGAAAUUCUUGCCCACCCCUAACUUUAUCCAAAAGGAAAUUGGGUCUCCGUCUCCAAAAACAGUCGCAUCCUUCUCCACCAAACAAACAGAAGGGGCAGAAUGAGCUCCUCAUUAUCUUCCUUCUUCUUCUCCUCCUCAUCCGCCCCUUCCCAAUCGCACUCCAUUCUCCUAGCUCCAAAACCCUCCGUAUUCCUCCUCAAACCCCAGCAGUCCAGUCUCACUUACUUCACCAGACGUCUGAAUCUCAAGCUCCGGCCCAUUAACUUCCCAUCUCCGCGAAUUCGAGCCAUUGCCGAUGUCGCGUCCGCCCCCUUCAGGCCUGGUGCCGCCGUCGAGAGCGAUAAGUUUCCAUCUGAUGUUCGGAAGCGGGCAAUGGACGCAAUUGAUUUCUUCGGGGGAAGAGUCACUGCAGGGGAUGUUGCCAGUAAGGCUGGACUUCAGUUGAACGAGUCCCAAAAGGUUUUGCAAGCUCUUGCGACGGAUACUAAUGGCUUCUUGGAGGUGUCCGAUGAAGGAGAUGUCCUCUAUGUCUUUCCCAAGAGUUAUCGAUCAAAUCUUGCUGCUAAAUCGUUUAAGAUGAAGAUUGAACCACUUUUAGAGAAAACAAAGAUGACAGCAGAAUACCUACUCAGAGUUUCAUUUGGAACUGCUCUAGUAGCUUCAAUAGUUAUUGUUUAUUUUACAAUUAUCACUCUUGCUCUCUCAAGUAAAAGUGAAGACAAUCGUGAAAGAAGAAGCAGAUCUUAUGAUAUGAAUUUCACAGUUAACUUGAUGCCAAGGGAUUUAUUUUGGUAUUGGGAUCCAUAUUACAACAGGAGACAACAAGUGCAUGAUGAUGCUGACAGGAUGAACUUCAUUGAAUCUCUUUUCUCUUUUGUGUUUGGUGAUGGGGAUCCAAAUCAAGGUAUUGAAGAAAAGAGGUGGAAGUUGAUUGGCCAAUAUAUAUCAUCAAAUGGUGGUGUUGUCACUGCUGAAGAACUCGUUCCCUAUCUUGAUAUUGAGAGCAGUAGUAAAACGGAUGAUGAGUCGUACAUAUUACCUGUUCUUUUACGGUUUGAUGGUCUGCCAGAAAUAGAUGACAAGGGAAAUAUUCUCUACCGAUUUCCAUCUCUUCAACGCACAGGUGCUCAGCAAAGUAGUAGUAGAAGGAAGGAGUAUGUUGGAAGAAGACAGGCUGAUUGGUUUGGAAAUGAGAAAUUUCUUGAAGAGAGGAGGUGGCCGUUCAGCAAAACCAGCCUUUCACAGAGGGCAAUGGCAAUUGGUUUGGGUGGGCUUAAUCUAUUUGGCAUCAUCAUCCUUGGUGCCAUGUUGAAGGAUACAACAGCAAGCCAGAGUAGCUUUCUCUCUUUUGUGACUUCUAUAUUUCCACUACUCCAGGUUUAUGCAUGGUCUUUUUUCACAAUCCCAGCGGUUAGAUGGGUUUUCAUUCAAAAUAGAAAUGCCAAAAUUGAACGGAGAAAUACUACGAGGAAAAAAUUUGUCAGGGCUCUUGAACGUCCUGACCUCGUUCUAUGGCAAAAGCUUUUGAGUGCACGGGAUAUGGCUCAAAGGACUUUUAUCGGCCAGGAGAAGAUAGUUUACAGCACUGACAGAGACUUGUAUGAACAAGAUUAUGAUGCCAAACAGUGAAAACAGAGUUUCAGAGAGAUCGAGAAGUCUGAAUAAGAAAAAAGGUCUUAUAAUUUGGAUUUUUUCCCGGGCGUAUAUGUCCUUGGAGGGGAGAGAGAGAUGAACGGUCUAAUCUAUUGGUCAAGAAGCGAAGCUCGGAUUCCUAGAUUGUAUUGCCCCGCCUGCCCCUCAAUUGCAUGCCUUGAGGUUGAAUUUGUAUGCAUAGGUACAUACCUAAAAGCAACUGGGAUUGUGAUGUUGAUUUAUCAGCUUUUAUAUGUAUGUAGUCAUUAUAUAUGUAACUUUUACAUUAAUCUGAGAUUCCAUGGCUGGCUAUUUGAUCAUAAAUUCAUAACUGUUUU